AUGAUCCUUCCUACAGCGUUUGCUAGUAGUAUUCCAGAUUUUUUAGCAAAACUUAGAUUAUAUUUGCAAAAUCAAGGUGUAGAUCCAGCAGAUAAUGCAAGAGGUGCACCUACAGGAAGAGAAGUAGCUAUAGGAUAUUUGAGAGGAUUUAUGAGAGAAAGAGCCUUAGAAUGGUUUGACAAAGAAAUUACUACAAAACAGAAUUAG